AAGAGGAUUCUGGUGGAUCAGCGUAUAUAAAAGCAAGAUGUCUUCCUACUAACCCUUCAGACAUAUUUGAUCCCAUAUCACAUCCUCACUCAUAAUGCGUUUCUCCUCUGCAAUUGUCCUCGCCGUCGUUGCUGCUUUAGCAUCAUCAAUCUCUGCCACGCCCGUUGCCGAUGCUGGCACCGAGACAUGUGCCACCUGGUGUAUACAUGAUAGACAAUGUAGCACCUGCCCUGGGCGCAAAUGCACCUUCCCUUGGUGCGAUGUGAGUCGUGUUUUUUCUUUCACGUCGGUACAGUAUGGUUCACGACACCGACGCAUGAAUUACUAGACGAGGGUCUUCCCACCGUCCUAGUGAGUCGUGUUUCUGCUUUCACAUCGAUGCAGUAUGGUUCAUGGCACUGACGCGUGAGUUACUAUAUGAGGUCCUUCCCACUAUCCAAGUUGGUCGUGUUUUUCUGCUU